GGGUUUUGAUAGAUGUUAAACGCGUCCGAAAGCGUGCUGCGCAUUUAGAAAGCUGCGGCGGGCGAUGCAGGAAUGAAUUGAGCAUGGUCAGUGAUUGAGGCAAGCUGAUGCCGCGUGACGUAUAGAGAAUUCCGCAAAACCUCCUCCUCCCUCUUUCCUCCUCCCUCUUGCUAUAAUUCCACCAUGUUCGGCAAUUCUGGUCGAAGAGGUGGUGGCUUCGAUGACGAAGAGAUGCACUAUCCUACCCGUCCUGUGGACAAGGAGAAGGCCGAGCAAGAACUUGUGGUGAACAUCAAGAAGGCUACCAGUCCUGAAGAGACUGCGCCCAAGCAGAAACAUGUCCGGAAAUGUAUCGUGUUUACAUGGGACUAUCACACAUCCAUCUCAUUCUGGAGUGGCCUCCGUGUCCAACCCAUCCUCGCGGAUGAAGUGCAGACCUUCAAAGCUCUCAUUACCGUGCACAAGGUUCUGCAAGGAGGACAUCCUGUCACUAUCAAGGAGGCCCACGGCCAAACUGCCUGGCUUGAAACUUGCGCACGGACGCUGGGAUCUGACGGCUCGCGAGGCUACGCUCCCUUGAUCCGAACUUAUGUGCAGUACAUUCUGGCCAAGCUCAGGUUUCAUCGUCUGCGACCGGAGUUCAACGGAUUGUUCGAGUACGAAGAGUACAUCACUCUCAAAGGAAUCGAUGAUCCCAAUGAAGGGUACGAGACGAUAUCCGACUUGAUGGGGCUUCAAGACCAGAUCGACUCGUUCCAAAAGAUGAUCUUUUCUCAUUUCAACCACUCUUCCAACAACGAAUGCCGGAUAUCUGCACUGGUGCCGCUUGUUCAAGAGAGUUGGGGUAUCUAUCGGUUCAUCACGAGUAUGAUGCGUGCAAUGAUUAGACGAACUAACGAUGCGGAUGCUCUUGAACCUCUUCGUCAGCGAUAUGUCUCUCAACAUUACAACUUGCGCAAAUUCUAUUAUGAAUGUUCAAACCUCAAAUAUCUCACUGGGUUGAUCAAUGUUCCUAAACUUGCCCAGGAACCUCCUAAUCUACUUGAUGCCGGAGAUGUGCCAGACCUUCCUCCUCGUCCAAAAACGACUACGGCACCGUCCCCGCCGCCUGCGCCAUCUCCCGAUGCGGCAACUGUCAACGAACAGGCUCGAAUGCUGAAGGAAUACGAAGACCAGCAGGCUGCGCUUGCUGCCAGCAGAGAGACAGAAGAGCGGGCUCGGCUUGAGCGCGAGGCGCAACAGGCUAGAGACUUUGAAGAGAUGCAGCGCAGACAGGCCGAAGCUCAGAGACAGGCUCAAGAACAGCUGAUGCUUCAACAGCAACAGCAAGUGUACAACGACCAAGCUGCGAUGCGCGCUGGCCAGCUCGAGCAGGAGCUACUUGCUCUGCGUGGCCAAUGGGAGCGGGACCAGAUGUUCCUGGAGCGUUAUGACCAGCGAGUGCGAGCUCUGGAACAAGAGUUGGCUGCUGUCAAUGCCAAUGUUGGCUCUCAAAUGGCUGGCAAAGACGAGCUCAUUAAGCAGCUGCAAGACCAAGUAACGCUGUGGAGGAACAAGUACGAGGCUCUUGCCAAGCUGUACAGCCAGCUCCGGACGGAGCACUUGGACAUGCUUGCCAAAUUCAAACAGUUCCAGCUGAAGGCCAACUCUGCUCAAGAAGCGGUCGACAAGAUGGAGCGAAUGGAACGCGAUUUGAAAGCGAAGAACCUGGAGCUUGCUGACAUGCUCCGAGAACGCGACCGAGCUCGAUUUGACAUGGAUCGCCAAAAGUCCAACCACAAGGACGAGAUUGAUCGGCUCAGACGGGAUCUUAGCUUUGCCAAUGAGAGGGCGGAAGAUGCCGCUCAUUCUCGGAACUCCGAGGUUUCCAGUGUUCUGAGUAAAUACAACAGACAGAUCCAGGAGCUGGAGGAUUCGCUUCGGGCCAAACAAAUUCAAAUCGAUGAUCUUCUCGCGAAGGUUAGCAGUGCCGAGAUGGAUAUGGACCGUCUGCGCGAGGAAAAGGACGAGGAAAUUCUGGUUCUUAACGCAAGCAUGGACGAUACCAUCCAACGUCUGCAAGAAUCCCAAAUGGCACUGAAGGACGUCAGCGGUGCUAACGACACGGAGAUCGACACUCUGAUUCUGGACAACCAGAAGAAGCUGAAUGAGAUCAUCGAUUCGAUCUUGAAGGCUUGCAUGCAGAAAGUGGAAGAUGCCAUCUAUGAGCUCGAGUCGCCGUCCCAGACUGGCAACGCCAACGCGACGCCUGAAUAUACACUGUCGAUGAUCGAGAAGGCGGUCAACAACGCCACGGACUUUGCCACAGUGUACCAUCUAUACCUCGGAGGAGAACAAGGUGGAGAACACGUCGAAGUAAUCAAGGCCGCAAACGAGUUUGCCCAGUCUCUGAGCGAGGUUCUCGUGAACACGAAAGGAACUACCCGCCUCGCUAGCGAUGACGACGCGGUCGACCGGAUCUUGAACGUCGCCCGGACGGCAGGAGACGUUGGCGCCCGUCUCUUCUUCAACUUGCAGUCGUUCAAGCUGGGUGGACUGCAGCAGAGCCAGAAGCGGGAAGUGGCGAUGCGCAACGGAGCCAAAGCUGCGCGUGCCAACGGCGAUAUCGGCGACAUGGUCGAACAAGAGAUGUCUAGUGCAGCUCGUGCGAUCGAGCUGGCGACUGAGCGUCUCCAAGCACUUAUGUCCAGACCUCGCGACGCUUCCCGUUUCAGUGCGGUCGACCUGCAAGUACACGAUUCGAUUUUGUCGGCUGCGAUGGCCAUCACGAGCGCUAUCGCCCGACUGAUCAAGGCUGCGACCGAGUCUCAGCAAGAGAUCGUCAAUGAGGGCCGUGGAUCUAGCUCGACGCAGCAAUUCUACAAGAGGAACAAUCGGUGGACCGAGGGUCUUCUUUCUGCGGCCAAGUCGGUUGCGUUCUCGACCAACCUGCUCAUUGAAAGUGCGGACGGCGUUCUAUCGGGGACACACUCGCUGGAGCAGCUUAUUGUGGCAUCGAACGAAGUCGCGGCUGCCACCGCGCAGCUCGUUGCGGCGUCUCGGGUCAAGGCCAACCUGAUGUCCAAGACACAGGAGCGGCUCGAGCUGGCGGCCAAGGCUGUGACCGAGGCAUGCCGAGCUCUGGUGCGUCAGGUCAAAGCUGUGUCGGCUAGACAGGCGCAGGAGGAGGACGUCGACUACAAGAACAUGGCUGUGCUGGAGUUCAAGAAACGGGAGAUGGAGCAGCAGGUCGAGAUUCUGAAGCUCGAGAAGGACCUGGGAGCUGCGCGCCACCGACUGGGCCAGAUGAGACGUGCAGGAUACCACACGGAUGAGACAGACUAA